AUGCCAUUCACAAAAUUCUUGCAGAUCAACAGCAUCCUUAUUUAUGACAAUCCAAGAGAAAUUGCUAUUCCUCCGAGUCAUGAUAUCGAGAUAUUCAUUGCACCCAUACUGGGUGAUGAAUCGAUCAUUAGGAAGUUAAUGUUGUGUCGUCCCAGGAUCAUGUCCAUACUUCCAUGUACAAAUAGCGAAGUACUCGAGGUAUUGUCUGCACUAAAAAGGUGUACACAAAAGCAAAAUUGCGGUAAAGAAUGUCCAUUCAAUACCGAGUUAUUCUACAAUCAUCAUAAAUUAAAAGAAGUCAUCCGUUGUGCUGGUGUGACAAUUGAGAAGGGAAGGGCCUCCAAAUGGUAUUCCUGGUUGAAAUCCACCUCUCUAAUUGACCAAGUGACUAGUUUCAUGUUAACAUGGGAAGUUCUUGCUGUCCAUCUUGGGGCAGUUAUGGUCACGCGUUUCAUCCCCGCCCACCAUUUUGACGAUGAUAAAUGA